CGCGCCCUGGUUCGCGCGGUCUCUAGCGCGCCGUUUUAGCCGCUUGGCGGCGGGGGACUCCAAGCUUAAGCUGAGGGACGUGUUUUCGCGCUCGCUCGGUCAUGGAGGUGCGGUCCAAGCUGCUGGACUCGACUACUCCGUCCCGUCGCUGGACCCGAAAGGUGGUGCUGAUCCUGCCGCUGCUGCUGCUGUUUCUGUUGCGGACCCACGCUCUGCAGGGCUUGGAGUCGGAGGAGCGGUUCCGGACCCGGGAAAAUGAGUGCCACUUCUACGCUGGUGGACAAGUGUACCCGGGAGAGGUGUCCCGGGUUUCGGUCGCAGAUCACUCCCUGCAUCUAAGCAAAGCCAAGAUCUCCAAGCCAGCACCUUAUUGGGAAGGAACAGCUGUGAUAAACGGAGAAUUCAAGGAGCUCAAACUGACUGACUAUCGUGGGAAAUACUUGGUUUUUUUCUUCUACCCACUUGAUUUCACCUUUGUAUGUCCAACUGAAAUCAUCGCUUUUGGUGACCGAAUUGAAGAAUUCAGAUCUAUAAAUACUGAAGUGGUGGCAUGCUCUGUCGACUCUCAGUUUACCCACCUGGCCUGGAUUAAUACUCCUCGAAGACAGGGAGGGCUGGGGCCAAUAAGGAUUCCACUUCUUUCGGACCUGAACCAUCAGAUCUCAAAGGACUAUGGUGUAUACCUCGAGGACUCAGGCCACACUCUUAGAGGCCUCUUUAUUAUUGAUGACAAAGGAGUCCUAAGGCAGAUUACUCUGAAUGACCUUCCUGUGGGUAGAUCAGUGGACGAGACACUGCGUUUGGUUCAAGCCUUCCAGUACACUGACAAGCAUGGAGAAGUCUGUCCUGCUGGCUGGAAACCUGGUAGUGAAACAAUAAUCCCAGAUCCAGCUGGAAAACUGAAGUAUUUCGACAAACUGAACUGAAAAAAUACUUCAGUUGUGAUGUUUGGACCUUCUCAAUAAAGGUCACUGUGCUGUUACCAUG